AUGUCCACUGAGGAGGCUGUUGCAGAUAUUGCUGUGGUUGGUUUAGCCGUAAUGGGACAGAAUUUAAUUUUGAACAUGAACGAUAAAGGCUUUGUGGUUUGCGCCUUUAAUCGGACCGUUUCGAAAGUUGACGACUUUUUGGCGAAUGAGGCGAAAGGAACGAAAAUUGUUGGGGCGCAUUCAUUCGAAGAAAUGGCAAGGAAACUGAAGCGUCCCAGACGCGUUCUAUUACUGGUCAAAGCUGGCAGCGCUGUGGACAGUAUGAUUGAGAAGAUGUUACCGUAUUUGGAGAAAGGGGAUAUUAUUAUUGAUGCAGGAAAUAGCGAAUAUACUGACACGAAUCGUCGUUACAAAGAAUUGGGUGAGAAAGGAUUUUUGUUCGUUGGUUCUGGCAUCAGCGGUGGUGAAGAAGGUGCACGACACGGGCCGUCGAUGAUGCCUGGUGGAGCACCUGAAGCAUGGCCACAUAUUAAGGAUAUAUUCCAGAAGGUGUCUGCAAAAGUUGGCACAGAAUCGUGCUGUGAUUGGGUGCGGAGACACCUCAUAUGCAUCCGAAUCACAAUUGAAAAGAAACUGUUUGCGACAGUCAAAGAGCUGUUGAAGCUGAAUUGUUUAAUGAGCUGGAACGUAGGUGAGGCGGGCGCUGGACAUUUCGUUAAAAUGGUCCAUAAUGGUAUCGAAUACGGUGAUAUGCAGCUAAUUGGUGAAGCUUACAGCUUGUUGAAAGACGCAGUCGGCUUGAAUCACGAUGAAAUGUCACAGGUAUUCGACGAAUGGAAUAAAGGUGAUCUGGACUCGUAUCUGAUUCAAAUAACAGCCGAAAUUCUUCGAUUCAAAGACGACAAAGGACAAUCACUCGUGCCACAAAUCAGAGACACAGCUGGACAGAAAGGUACAGGCAAAUGGACCGGUAUAGCCGCGUUGAAUUAUGGUAUUCCAGUCACUCUUAUUGGUGAAGCUGUCUUUGCGCGUUGUUUGUCGGCGUUGAAGAAUGAACGUAUCACCGCCUCAAAAGUUUUGGCUGGUCCCAAAACAAAAUCUAACGAGUACGUGAAGGACAAGAAAGAGUUCAUUGAGCACAUUAGAAAGGCUGAACUUUUGAGUAUUCAGGCAUUGUACGCAUCGAAAAUCAUCAGCUAUACACAAGGCUUCAUGCUAAUGGCUGAGGCGAGUCGUCAGCAUAACUGGAAAUUGAAUUUUGGUGCAAUUGCGUUGAUGUGGCGUGGAGGUUGCAUUAUCAGAUCACAGUUUCUGGGUAAUAUCAAACGAGCAUUCGACGAGAAUCCAAUGUUGAACAAUCUUUUGCUCGAUAAAUUCUUCACGAACGCUAUUCAUCAGUGCCAAGAUUCGUGGCGUAAAGUUUGCGCGAGUGCAGUUAUGCUUGGUAUCCCGACACCAGCGCUGAGUACCGCAUUAGCCUUUUAUGACGGAUAUCGUCAUGAGGUGUUGCCUGCAAACCUCGUUCAGGCACAACGUGACUACUUCGGUGCACAUACGUAUGAGUUGUUGAAUAAUCCUGGCACCUGGGUGCAUACGAAUUGGACUGGAACUGGCGGGCGUGUUGCAUCAAGCACGUAUACGGCAUAA